GCGCCUCCUUGGGAUAUCUGCGGGCGCGAAUCCUAAGGUUCUACGAGCUGCGGGAUUUGAAGAAAAAUUAUGGAGAAAUGGCACUUGAUGACAAUUGUGGUCUUAAUAGGACUAACAGUACGGUGGACAGUUUCUCUUAAUUCUUAUUCAGGUGCUGGAAAACCCCCUAUGUUUGGUGAUUAUGAAGCUCAGAGACACUGGCAAGAAAUUACUUUUAAUUUACCCAUCAAACAAUGGUAUUUUAACAGUAGUGAUAACAAUCUACAAUAUUGGGGAUUGGAUUAUCCACCUCUUACAGCCUAUCAUAGUCUUUUAUGUGCAUAUGUGGCAAAGUUUAUAAAUCCAGACUGGAUUGCUCUCCAUACAUCACGUGGAUAUGAAAGUCAGGCACAUAAGCUCUUUAUGCGUACCACAGUGUUAAUUGCUGACUUGCUGAUUUAUAUACCAGCAGUAGUUUUAUACUGUUGUUGUUUAAAAGAAAUCUCAACUAAGAAAAAGGUUGCUAAUGCAUUAUGCAUAUUGCUGUAUCCAGGCCUUAUUCUUAUCGACUAUGGACAUUUUCAGAACAUAUAUAAUUCUGUGAGUCUUGGCUUUGCUUUGUGGGGUGUUCUUGGAGUAUCUUGUGACUGGGACCUGCUAGGCUCGUUGGCAUUUUGCUUAGCUAUAAAUUAUAAACAGAUGGAACUUUACCACUCUUUGCCAUUUUUUUGCUUUUUACUCGGCAAGUGUUUUAAAAAAGGCCUGAAAGGAAAGGGGUUUGUAUUGUUAAUUAAGCUAGCUUGUACGGUUGUAGCUUCCUUCAUUCUCUGCUGGCUGCCAUUCUGUACAGAAAGGGAGCAAACACUGCAAGUUCUAAGAAGACUCUUCCCAGUUGAUCGUGGAUUGUUUGAGGAUAAAGUAGCCAAUAUUUGGUGCAGCUUCAGUAUCUUUCUGAAGAUCAAGGAUAUUUUGCCACACCACUUCCAGAUAAUAAUCAGCUUUUGUUUUACAUUUUUGAGCCUGCUUCCUGCAUGUGUAAAAUUAACACUUCAGCCCUCUUCCAAAGGAUUCAGAUUUACUCUGGUUAGCUGUGCACUAUCAUUCUUUUUAUUUUCUUUCCAAGUACAUGAAAAGUCCAUUCUCUUGGUAUCAUUACCAGUCUGCUUAGUUUUAAGUGAAAUUCCUUUUAUGUCUACCUGGUUUUUACUUGUGUCAACAUUUAGUAUGCUACCUCUUCUACUGAAGGAUGAACUCCUAAUGCCCUUAGUUGUGACAACGAUCGCAUUUUUUAUAGCUUGUGCAACUUCCUUUUCAAUAUUUGAAAAGACUUCUGAAGAAGAACUUCAGUUGAAAUCCUUUUCCCUUUCUGUUAGGAAAUAUCUUCCAUGUUUUACAUUUCUUUCCAGAAUUAUACAAUAUUUGUUUCUUAUCUCAGUCAUCACUAUGGUACUUCUGACACUGAUAACUGUCACACUGGAUCCUCCUCAGAAAUUACCGGACUUAUUUUCUGUAUUGGUUUGUUUUGUAUCCUGCUUACAUUUCCUGUUCUUCUUAGUCUACUUUAACAUUAUAAUCAUGUGGGAUUCCAAAAGUGGAAGAAACCAGAAGAAAAUCAACUAGGUACAUCUGCAAACACGUGAAAAUAUUAACAGUGCUUAAACGGUUUUUGAACUUUUUGCUGUGAAUAAAUAAAAUUAUCAUUUUGAGGAUCAUGGAAUUACAGGGAAAAGAUGGUGAAAAGUCAUUGUUGUCUAUACAAAGUAAAUUUAUAUGGGAUCCAAGCCCAGUGGAGGCUUUUAUUUUCUAACUA